AUGGGUUUUAAUAGUAAACACUAUCCCAAACAUCUCAACAUCACAACAUCUCAACAUCCCAACAUCCCGACUUCUCAACAACUCAACAACUCAACAUCUCAACAUCCCAACAUCUCAAUAUCUCAACAUCUCAAUAUCUCAACAUCUCAACAUCCCAACAUCUCAAUAUCUCAACAUCUCAAUAUCUCAACAUCUCGACACCCCAAUAUCCCAACAUCUCAAUAUCUCAACAUCUCAACAUCCCAACAUCUCAAUAUCUCAACAUCUCAACAUCCCAACAUCUCAAUAUCUCAAUAUCUCAACAUCUCAAUAUCUCAACAUCCCAAUAUCUCAACAUCUCAACAUCUCAACAUCCCAACAUCUCAACAUCUCAAUAUCUCAACAUCUCAAUAUCUCAACAUCUCGACACCCCAAUAUCCCAACAUCUCAAUAUCUCAACAUCUCAACAUCCCAACAUCUCAAUAUCUCAACAUCUCAACAUCCCAACAUCUCAAUAUCUCAACAUCUCAAUAUCUCAACAUCUCAACAUCCCAAUAUCCCAACAUCUCAAUAUCUCAACAUCUCAAUAUCUCAACAUCUCGACAUCCCAAAAUCCCAAAAUCUCAACAUCCCAAUAUCCCAAAAUCCCAAAAUCUCAACAUCUCAACAUCCCAACAUCUCGACAUCCCAACAUCCCAACAUCUCAAAAUCACAUCACAACAUCUCAACGUCACAACAUAUCUGCCUGCAAAGUACAACCAUAACAGAAAGUACAGAUAUGGAAUGACAUACUAUGGGUCUGGUAUCCCAUGA